UGGCGAGAGUCACUUUCGCCUUUCAAACGAGCGAGUAGAGGAUCCGCGAAUGGACGACGGAUAGCGCGUGCUCUUCGCGACAAUUAGCGACGACGCAAAUUGGUAUCCUCUUUCACUUUCCUUCUCUUCCUGCGAGUCAUUGUGCGCGAUUAAUUCGCGAAAUGAUUUAUACAUAAUGAGACAGCGCUUCUUACAAGACGCGAGCGUUACAAUGCGUACAAUUAAAUGUCGCUCGAGUUCGAUCGGGAUACUAGAAGUCAUGAAUCUUGAAAAACGAGCACUCUUGUUUGUUUGCAGCUAGGUACUUGAAACAUGUGUGAUUGCCAUUAUUACGCGAUUAUUAUAUUGUAUAAUGGAUGAAAAAAUGGAAGAAUACGGAUAGCUUAUUCUUUAGAGCGUUUGAAACGACGAUCUUUUCUCGUUUACAGGACGUCUUCAAAAGAUAAUAUUCAGAGAUAAUGUAUUCUAGAAGUAAUUUGCUAUUGAUUUUUUUUUUUAGCGAAAGUCUAACUCCAAUCUUAAUCACUGUAUAAUUACAACGAUACGAUCUCAAUCAGAGCAGACCAGUAAUCAGGGACUAUGUACUUAUACGGAAGCUCAUUAAGUACGAAUAUCUUCCUUGUAUGAUAGAGACUUGUUUUUUUUUUAUUUUGAAGAUAAAACAUAUGUGUAAUAAGAUAUUCUUUACAUACUUUCAAAUGCAAAAUUAUGCUUCAUUGAAUCGAUUAUUGCUUUCUCUAGUUUGAUUAAUUUAAACCAUCUCUCUUUUUUUUUAAUCGGUAAAAAAUUGCAAGAAAUAACAGUAAAUAAUUAAAGGAGUUUGCUAAUCCUGACUAUGUCUGUGCGAAUGCUGAAUAAAAGUGCGUUUCAUCAGCUCGCGGUAGGACAAUGUCACAGAUAGUGUGCCUUCCUCACUGGCAUUUUGCAACAGCAGUGAGAUUUUCACGGCGAGCGACAAUUUCUACACGUCUGCAAUUCCCAGAUGUAAAUUCGAUUGCCGACUUUCUAUAUCUUCUAUAUACUCGCGGGAAAUUGCCGCAUACACACACACAUACAUAUAUACAGAAACGCUGGUUUUAAAUCGAUUUCAGGAAAUUAUUUAUUACGCUGCAUAAACACAAUAUAAAUUAUAUAUUUGUGUAUAUCAUGCACGACCGUUAUGUAGACUGAUUGCACGAUCGCGCUAUCGAUAACUUGCUGGAACACUUCCCCCAAUUAUAUCUCAAGUGUUGCAACAUUUAAAUAACCGAUCGAUUAUGUAUCAGUCGUUUAGCCAGUCGUGCUUUAUAUUAAAGUGCAAUUUAUCUCAUGCAAUCACAAAUUUUAUCGAUUAUCGUAUUGUAUUAUAUUUUUGAUUUUACUUUUCUAACGUAAUUAAUAUCGCGCUUUAGACAAUCAUGGAAAUUUUAUACAUUUUUUUAUAUAUCUACCGAAAUUCUAAUAUAACUAUAAAACUUUAACUAACUUUUAUAUUUAUGCAACAUAAAGCAAAAAAUUUUAAUAUUAUAAUGCUAUUUUUAUGUUAUUUUCUUCAUAUAUGUAUGUUUAAUGAUCCGAAAAUAUAUGCUUUGUAAAUUAAGCAAAUUUCUAUUUUUAUCACAUGAUAUAAUUGCAUAUUGCUAAAUUAUUAUUUAUUACAUAUCUCGCAAUAACAACUAUAAAAUUUCUUCAUAUAUUAUUAAUAAAAUUAAUUAAUUGGCUGAAAUUAUUAAUUUUAUUGGCAUUUAGGUAAUAUUGAAAAUAACUGGCCCUGCAUCUGACAAAAACAGGAGAAUAAAUUAAAUCUCAGUUAACUAUAAUUGUUGCAUAUAUGAAAAACAUGGAAACAAACAAAGAAACGAAGAAUUUAUAAAAUCUAGCUUUACACAUGAGAUCGGUUAUACUUGAAAUUAAAUCUAUAAUAUAUCUCAGUUUCAAUAUUCAUACCAAAAAGGAAGAUGUUAUGGACAGUAAGAGUGAUUGAUAUUCACCGUAUCUGAUGGUCGGCGAAGUCCGGUGCUUUUGCCGAUCUUUCGCGCCGUCCUGCGCGACCGAUUUCAGCUAUAGCUCGCGCUGUCACUUACUAUACGCAAAAUGAAAGGCGACUUUAAUUGCCGUUACGGCUACGACGACGACGACGACGGUAGCGACGACGAAGACGUCGUCGUCGUCGUCGUCGUCGUCGUCGUCGUCGUCGUCUGCAAGUAUGCUGCGAAAAUGUGUAGUGUGUACGAGAAAGGGAGAGACAGAAAGAGAGAGGGUGCACUCCGUUCAGGGAGUAAAGAAAAAGAGAGAGAGAGAAAGGGGGGGGGGAGAGAGGGAGUGAUAUAGCUAGAGAGAGGGAAAAUAAAAGAGAGUAAGAUAGAGAAAGAGAGAAAGAAUGAUAGUAGGCUUGUUCGCCACACCAGUCAGUGUUUCCCGAACUGCUGUCAGUGACAGUUCCAUAAUCAUGCGGCGGCGGAUUUUUGAUUAUUGAUUCAUAUUGAUCCGUAACGAAGAGAUUCUUUUUUUUUUCUUUUUUUGCUCCGAUAAUUUUGUCGUGUUAUCUGUUGAGUUUUCCCAUCAAUUAGACACUGUGUUCGGAAAACUUUUCGUUGAUUUUCUGCUUUCGCGCGGUGCUACGAGUCACGAACCCUUGUUGUUUUUGUUGUUUUGAAUAAUUGGAGUAAAUAUGGCAUCGAACAGCAGAAUUACCUGGAGGCUGCUGCUCGUCUGCUUCGCGGUGCUGCUCAUAGGCCUCCUGCAGUAUGCCGAAGGCGCGAGAAAGAGAUUCCGCAGACCGACGACUUCCGCGCCGUCGAUCUCGAGCGAUCAGGAGGUCUCAGCCAGUGUCAACAGGUUCAAGGUUACGCGAAAUCGUGUCAGCAACAAGAAUACGAAGAACGAGCUGCAACCUGGCAAGACGAACGAUUACAAGCUGGUGUGUUAUUACACCAAUUGGUCUCAAUAUCGCACUAAGAUCGGCAAGUUCAUGCCGGAGGACAUUCAACCUGAUCUCUGUACCCACGUUAUCUUUGCCUUCGGAUGGCUGAAGAAGAACAAACUGACCAGUUUUGAAUCGAAUGACGAAACGAAGGACGGCAAGAUCGGUCUGUACGAAAAGGUGAUAAAUCUUAAAAAAGCCAAUCCGUCUCUGAAGGUCCUGCUUGCGAUUGGCGGUUGGUCCUUUGGCACGCAGAAGUUCAAGGACGUAUCCUCGACGAGAUACGCCCGACAGACCUUCAUCUACAGCGCUAUACCAUAUUUGCGAGACAGAAACUUCGACGGUCUUGACAUCGACUGGGAAUAUCCAAAGGGUGGGGACGACAAGAAGAACUACGUUCUGUUGCUGAAGGAGCUCCGGGAGGCUUUCGAGGCGGAGGCUCAGGAGAGGAAAAAACCGCGUCUCUUGUUAACCGCCGCGGUACCAGUUGGGCCUGACAAUGUCAAAAGCGGAUACGAUGUGCCCGCAGUUGCCAGUUAUCUAGACUUCAUUAAUCUCAUGGCCUACGACUUCCAUGGCAAAUGGGAGAGAGAAACCGGUCACAAUGCUCCGUUGUACGCCUCGUCAUUGGACUCGGAAUGGCAGAAGCAAUUGAGCGUUGACAAUGCGGCCGCGAUAUGGGUUAAACUUGGCGCACCAAAGGAAAAAUUGAUUAUAGGCAUGCCUACAUAUGGCCGGUCCUUUACCCUUUCGAAUCCGGCAAACUUCCGCGUACAUGCAGCAGCUAGUGGUGGCGGAAAAGCGGGCGAAUAUACCAAGGAAUCAGGUUUCCUCGCGUAUUACGAGAUUUGUGAAAUGUUACAUAAUGGCGCCGCUUAUGUUUGGGAUGACGAGAUGAAGGUACCCUAUCUGGUACACAAUGAUCAGUGGGUUGGUUUCGACGACGAGAAAUCUAUCAGGAAUAAAAUGUACUGGCUGAAGAGCAAGGGUUACGGAGGUGCUAUGGUGUGGACAGUCGACAUGGAUGACUUUAACGGCACCGUUUGUGGUGGAAAUGUUCGGUAUCCUUUGAUAGGCGCAAUGAGGGAAGAGCUCAGAGGUGUCUCACGAGGUUCCAAUGUUAAAGACAUCGAUUGGAGCGCGGUUGCCACCACCAUCACGGAGACGAUCGUGAAGAAACCGGAAGCUUACAAGAUUUCUGUUUCGGAGGUUCUUAACAAACCGAAGAAGCUUCAAAAAGCUACGACACUUGUCAUUAACACUCCAACUCACGAGAGAGAGGCUCAAACUAUUUGUUACCUGACAAAUUGGUCACACAAAAGGCCAGGAAUGGGGCGAUUCAAUCCAGAGGACAUCGAUCCGACUCUCUGUACUCACGUGAUAUAUGCGUUUGCAACUUUGAAGGAUCAUCUACUUACCGAAGGAAGCGAUAAAGACGCUGAAAUGUACCAACGACUAAUCGCACUUCGCGACAAGAAUCCAGACAUUAAGAUUUUACUUGCUAUCGGAGGAUGGGCGUUUGGCUCGACGCCCUUCAAGGAACUUACUAGUAACACAUUCCGAAUGAAUCAAUUCGUCUAUGAGGCUAUCGAUUUCUUGCGAGAUUAUAAAUUUGACGGAUUGGAUGUUGACUGGGAAUAUCCAAGAGGAGCCGACGAUCGGUCGGCCUAUGUUAAUCUUUUAAAGGAGCUCAGGCUGGCUUUCGAGGGCGAAGCGAAGAGCUCUGGUCAACCGAAGUUGAUUCUGUCAGCCGCAGUGCCCGCAAGUUUUGAAGCCAUUGCUGCAGGAUAUGAUGUUCCUGAAAUAUCUAAGUACCUGGAUUUUAUCAACGUAAUGGCAUAUGACUUCCAUGGUCAAUGGGAAAGACAGGUUGGCCACAACAGUCCGCUAUAUCCUUUAGAAAGCGCUACUAGUUAUCAGAAAAAGCUGACAGUGGAUUUUAGUGCGCGAGAAUGGGUGAAACAAGGAGCUCCGAAGGAGAAGCUCAUGAUAGGAAUGCCCACGUAUGGUAGAUCCUUUACACUGGUCGAUAAAGAUAAGUUUGAUAUUGGUGCACCAGCGUCUGGUGGUGGACUGGCUGGAAAUUUCACCAACGAAUCUGGAUUCUUGUCCUACUAUGAGGUCUGUAGCUUCUUAAACGAAGACAACACGACUCUAGUGUGGGAUAGUGAGCAACAAGUACCAUUUGCGUACAGAGAUGAUCAGUGGGUCGGAUUUGACGACGAAAGGAGUCUUAUUAAUAAGAUGGCUUGGCUUAAGGAAGAAGGCUUUGGAGGCGUCAUGAUCUGGUCAGUUGAUAUGGACGACUUCAGAGGAUCUUGCGGAGCAGGAAGGUAUCCGCUGAUUAAGACGAUGAAAAAGGAACUGCAAGACUACAAAGUCAAGCUAGAGUACGAAGGUCCUUAUGAAAGUACCUCGAGAAAUGGAAAAUAUACUACUAAGGAUCCGAAUGAGGUGCUAUGUGACGAGGAAGACAAUCAUAUAUCUUAUCAUGCGGAUAAGAAUGAUUGCACGAUGUACUAUAUGUGUGAGGGUGAGCGCAAGCAUCACAUGCCUUGCCCUGUGAAUCUUGUCUUCAAUCCCAAUGAGAACGUAUGCGAUUGGCCGGAGAAUGUCGAGGGUUGUUUGCAGCAUACGCAGGCGCCACCCGUUUAAAAGCGCGAGAAACGUAAUAAAAAGUAAAAAAUCUUGUAAAAUAAAAAAGUGACAAAAAAAGUCUGUAAGGAAAAUAAUAUUAUCAAAAGUAUUCAUUAUAUAAUUUGUAAGUAAUGAGACAGAUAUAUUACCAUUAUUACGCGCGUUAACCAACAGACACUUUCCUUCUCUUCACGAAUUUUUCUCUCUCUUAUUCCAUUAUUAUAUAUAUUUUACAAGUACCUUAUUUACUUUUAAGAAUCUUUUUCCAUUCUCGUCUAUCUUUAUCUUCGCCAUUUGUAUAAAGCACAAACGGAAUCAUGUGACAAUUAUGUUUGUAAAUAAAGAUUUCUCUUGAAAUAA